UGUAGAAUUGCUAGUCGUUACGGCAAACUCAGACGAAUUUGGUCUCAAUGAUCUAACGGUAGUGGCAACGGCGAGCACACGAAAAAACUGUCACCGACAAACGCGCGCACGCACACAACUCAUAUUUGCAAAAAUUAGUUAAAAAAUACAAAUUAUUAAAAAAAUUAGAGAAAAUCAGUGAAAGGAUAACCGCUUACUACGAUUUCUGUAACAAAUACAAUACAAUAUACAAAAUGAAAUCGCUAACAGUGUUAUUGCUGCUGACAGCAAUUGUUGCAGCAAGUACUGUCUCAGGCCAAUCCUCCGAACCAUCUACUGUAGCUCCUACUAGUGAAAUAACGGGGGCGGCUCCAGCCGAACCAUCUACUGUAGCUCCUACUAGUGAAACAACGGCGGCGGCUCCAGCCGAACCAUCUACUGUAGCUCCUACUAGUGAAACAACGGCGGCGGUUCCAACCGAACCAUCUACUGAAGCACCUACUAGUGAAACAACGGCGGCGGCUCCAACCGAACCAUCUACUGUAGCUCCUACUAGUGAAACAACGGCGGCGGUUCCAACCGAACCAUCUACUGUAGCUCCUACUAGUGAAACAACCGCGGCGCCUCCAACCGAACCAUCUACUGCAGCUCCUCCUAGUGAAACAACGGCGGCGGCUCCAACCGAACCAUCUACUGUAGCUCCUACUAGUGAAACAACCGCUGCGGCUCCAACCGAACCAUCUACUGUAGCUCCUACUAGUGAAACAACCGCGGCGGCUCCAGCCGAAACUUCUACUGCAUCUCCUGCUGACACAACCACGGCUCUUCCAGCCGAAACGUCUACUGCAUCUCCUGCUGACACAACCACGGCUCUUCCAGCCGAAACGUCUACUACAUCUCCUGCUGACACAACCACGGUUGCUCCAUCCGAAACGUCUCCUGCAUCUCCUGCUGACACAACCACGGUUCUUCCAGCCGGAACUUCUACUGCAGCUCCUGCUGACACAACCACGGUUGCUCCAUCCGAAACGUCUCCUGCAUCUCCUGCUGACACAACCACGUUUCUUCCAGCCGGAACGUCUACUGCAGCUCCUGCUGACACAACCACGGUUGCUCCAGCCGAAACCACAACGGCUGACCCCAACGAAUCAACAAAUAGUACAUCUACUUCAACUGAAAAUUCCGAACCGACUGAAAGCACAAGUCCACCCCCUUCAGCAGCGCCUCCUGCCAAUAAACUUCAAUGUUACGCAUGUGAGGGAGACGAUUGUGAUGAAAAGACUGUAAUUAAUUGUCCAGAUGAUGGCCGUGUUUACGAUGUUGAGGACAUCCACAAGAGUUUAGCAGAGAGUGCUGCAGAAAUGCUUCUCCAUAAUUAUCGCUCCGCAUCGCGUUUGACACUCGCCGAUGUUAAAGGUUAUGCCUGCUACAGUGUGCAGAUUACAGCUAAUGAUGACAAGAAGUUGAAACUUGGUUGUAUUGCCAUACCAUACGGACAAAGCGCCUGUGACGCUGUGCGGCAGGAACUGGAUAUAUCAGGUGAAAGUGCUCAGUGUGUGGCGUGUCAAACAGACUUAUGUAACGGCAGUGCAAUAACCAAAUUAUCCGUGUUAGCACUUUUAUCUGUGCUGUUGGCAAAGUUUUUAUUUUAAGUGAUAAACACUUUCGGCGUAUUUAUGUAUUUAAUUAAAUUUAAUGAUCUAUGUAUGAAUUUACAUACCAUAUGUAGAGAUAUUUUUAAGUAUCAUAACGUAGAAAAACAGAGCGUUAAACUAAAUAAUCACCAGUUGCCGAUGUAUUAGUGAACUGUAUGAUGUUUUUGUAAAUAAUAGUAUUUAUUAUUAUUGUAUAUAUGUAUAAUAAAACGAAACUUAAAUAA